UUAACAAGCAAGGAAAUGGCCGCCGUCGCUUCCGCCACUACUGCCCCCUCACUUAACAAAGCAGUCGAACUGGCCAUAAGCACCAGUGCGCCACCGGAGAAAUAUAUCCGAAAAGAAGGCCUUGGAGGCUCCGCCUCUGAGCUUCCAUAUCUUGAUAUUCCAGUUCUUGAUCUUAGUCUUCUGAAUUUUUCAACACCAGAAGCUGAAGAAGAACUCAAAAAACUAAGACUUGGUUUUAGCUCAUGUGGCUACUUUCAGGCAAUAAAUCAUUGGAUAGAUACAGGGGCGGAGCCAAGAAUUUUUUCCAGUGCAGGCACGAUUUAAUCAAGAUCGAACUUUGAAUUUUUGGGACCCAAAAAAUCCUUUGAGUUUGAGCCCUUAAAUUAUUGUAUUCGAUGUGCAUUCAA